GCGGCGGCGGCGGCGGCGGCAGGGGCGGGCUGGCGCGCUAAGGGCCGGAGCCCCGGCAGCAGGUGGGCGCGGUGAGGGCCGGCGGCGGCGGGCCGGGGGCUGCCGGGCGGCGCUCGGGCCGGACGCGCCGGCCGUGAGGAGCGCCAUGGACUUCAACAUGAAGAAGCUGGCAUCGGACGCCGGCAUCUUCUUCACCCGGGCCGUGCAGUUCACAGAGGAGAAAUUCGGCCAGGCCGAGAAGACCGAGCUCGACGCCCACUUUGAGAGCCUCCUGGCGCGGGCGGACAGCACCAAGAACUGGACCGAGAAGAUCUUGAGGCAGACAGAGGUGUUGCUGCAGCCCAACCCCAGCGCCCGAGUGGAGGAGUUCCUGUACGAGAAGCUGGACAGGAAGGUGCCCUCGCGGGUCACCAACGGGGAGCUGCUGGCGCAGUACAUGGCCGAGGCGGCCAGUGAGCUGGGGCCCACCACCCCCUACGGGAAGACGCUGAUCAAGGUGGCGGAAGCAGAAAAGCGCCUGGGAGCGGCCGAGAGAGAUUUCAUCCACACGGCCUCCAUCAACUUCCUCACGCCCCUGCGCAACUUCCUGGAAGGGGACUGGAAGACGAUUUCGAAGGAGAGGCGGCUCCUGCAGAACCGGCGUCUAGACCUGGAUGCCUCCAAAGCGCGGCUCAAGAAGGCCAAGGCUGCCGAAGCCAAAGCCACGUGUGAGGGAGAUACGGUGCCUGACUUUCAGGAGACUAGACCGCGUAAUUACAUUCUCUCGGCCAGCGCCUCCGCGACUCUGGAGGACACUUGCCGCCCCCCUUCCUGGGCCGAGUGGAAGGAGGACUAUCCAGGAGGGUGGAGACGGCCCUGUAUUUUUCUUGUGCCUUUGAACCCCAGUCUGACUCUGGCACGAGGCUGCCUUUCUCUGCCGAAGGACAGAAAGCUCUGGAAUGAUGAGGUGGACAAGGCUGAGCAGGAGCUCCGAGUGGCCCAGACGGAGUUUGACCGGCAGGCAGAAGUGACCCGGCUCCUGCUGGAGGGGAUCAGUAGCACCCACGUGAACCACCUUCGCUGCCUGCACGAGUUCGUCGAGUCUCAGACCACAUACUAUGCCCAGUGCUACCGCCACAUGCUGGACCUCCAGAAGCAGCUGGGCAGCUCCCAGGGAGCCAUAUUCCCAGGCACCUUUGUGGGCACCGCCGAGCCCGCCUCCCCACCCCUCAGCAGUACCUCGCCCACCACCACCGCGGCCACGAUGCCCAUGGGGCCCUCCGUGGCUGACCUGGCCCCUCCGGGGGAGGCUGCUCUCCGCCUGGAGGAGGUGGCCCCACCGGCCAGCGGAACCCGGAAAGCCCGCGUUCUCUAUGACUACGAGGCGGCCGACAGCAGCGAGCUGGCCCUGCUGGCCGAUGAGCUCAUCACUGUCUACAGCCUGCCUGGCAUGGACCCCGACUGGCUCAUUGGCGAGAGAGGCAACAAGAAGGGCAAGGUCCCCGUCACCUACUUGGAACUGCUCAGUUGAGCAGGCCUCCUCCCCCAGGCCCUGCCCACUCUGGCCUGGGCAGGGGGAAUGGGUGCAGCCCCGCCUCGUGUCUGUUGGUGAUCCAGCUGCUCAGUGUGGGGAGGCUCACCCCAGCCCCGUCCUGCCCCUUGGCUGUCCAGCCGCGAGGGGCCCGA